AUUUCAGGAUGAACCUAGGGGCAAUCUAUCUAGCUCUACACGCGUACAUAUACAAUACAUAAUAGCAAGCCAAUAGCAUACUAGUAGGAGACCAGUGAGCAGACAUAUGGUACAGUAUUUAGUCCCUGCUCGACCCCGCGGCACUGAAGGGUGGUCGAAAGAGAGAAAAACGGAAUCUGAAUGGCCGAGUCACAGCGCACUGGAGGGACAGAGGGAUCACAAGACACGGGGGCACGCAUAAGGUAAAAACUAAGGGCAAAGGGAAAAAAAAAAGGCUGAGCAUGUCCAACGUAGAUGUGGUACAGCGCACAGCCGCUGCACUCCCCUCACCAUUCGAGAGCGCAAUGGCUGCCGCUGCCGCUGCCGCUACCGCUACCACCGCUGGAGUUGGAGUUGGAGUUGGAACAGGGUCAGGCACAGGGACAGUCAACACAACCCCAAGUAGUGCCACAGUUGCAAUGGCGUCGAAUAAACCCGCCACUACAACAUCCUCCCCUCCAACGUCGAUAGCGGCAGCGACCUCGACGACGACAACAACAACAACGACAACAGCGACAACGGCACCACAAAAAUCUUCGGGAAUAGGUAAAAUAUCAUUUCCGCCGCAGAUAGGGGUAAUUGGGAUUAAAAGGACGAGAAACGGCGACCACAAAGAAGGCAGGAAUUCCAAAAGCAGGCAGAGGCCUUUUACCAAGAGCAUGGAGCCUCCCGUACUAUCGUUUUACGGCACCCAGCCGGUGCCUCUGCCCUCGCGAUUCGGCAGCCUCAAGAAGCGGCUCGUCGCGGGCCACGAAUCCGCGCUGGAGGCGUCGUGGGGCCGGCUCCUCGCCGCUCUCCGCGACGAAAUCACAUAUAUCGAGGAGCACGGCUCCGGGCUGAUCCCGUCGAUCGACUUCGCCGACAUGGACGACGCCGCCAAGGUCGCGCCGUUCGGGGCGCAGCUGAAGCGGCACGGCAUCGGCGUGAUCAAGGGCGUCGUGCCCUCCGCGGACGCGAGCGCCUGGGUCGCGGAGACCAAGAAGUACCUCGAGACGAAGCACGAGUACAAGCCGCCGCCGGCGCAGGACCCCACCUGCUUCGACUUCUUCUGGACCCCGGCGCAGGUGCGCUCGCGCGCGCACCCCCACGUGCUACAGGCGCAGCGCUUCGCCAUGUCGCUGUGGAACGCGAAUAACGACGACCGGCUCGCGACGAGGUUCCCCAUCACGUAUGCGGACCGCAUCCGGAUAGAGUCCGUGUCCAACGGGCACCUCACCGUGAACGGCGCUCUCGCCCCGACGCACGAGGACUCCUUGAUCGCCGCCGCGGCCGCGACGUCCUCCGCGCAGAUCGCGCAGAUCGAUAAUGGGAGUCUGGAGCGCUGGGAGCAGGACGGCUACGGGCGCGGCGGUCUUUACGACGCCGUCUUCAGGGGCGACUGGGAAUCCUACGAUGCGUGGGAUCCGGCGGGCCGCAUCAACGCGACGUCCGAUCUAUACAACGGCGCGGGUGCAUGUUCGAUGCUGCGCUUAUUCCAGGGCAUCCUCGCGUUGACGGUAGUCGAGCCAGGGAUGAUUCGACUGCUGCCUUCGCCCAAGCUAUCAACCGCUUACUUUCUUCUCCGGCCUUUCUUUUCACCAAAGAAGGGGCCACCUCCGCAAGGCGCCGGCGAAAAAGAGUGGAAUGCGUACCUCGAUGCGUCGAACUGGGCCCUCGAUAAGGAGCAGUCGACAAUAAUACACGGCGCAGUCCCCGGCCACGCGCAACGUGUGACGGCGGCGUGGCAUCCCCAUUUGCAGCUCGACAAGAGUCUAGUGACGCCGCCCACAUUGCAGGCUGGCGACUAUAUAAUCUGGCACCCCGACCAAGCAUACCAAUUCUCCAACACCAAUUACCGCUCCACCAGCCGGCCACAGACAUCCUCCAGCGAGCCCGGAGCCGGCGAUACGACCUCCAUGCUCGUCUAUACACCCGCAGCACCGCUAACCCAAACCAACGCCCUGUUCCUGGCUCGCCAGCGCAAAGCCUUCCUACGCGGCCACCCAGGCCCGGACUUCGACUCCACGGGCACGGGUCUCGGCAGCGAAGCGCCGCACACGGGGCGUCUCGGCGAGAAAGAAAUCCGAGAAGUAGGGGGCGAGGAGGGGUUACAAGCCAUGGGUCUUGCGCCGUGGAACUUGAGCAGUGGCAGCAGCAGCAAAGGCAGCAGUAGUAACAGUAGCAACAACAACAACAACAAUAACCACAAGCAUCGCGCGACUGCAGCAGCAGAAGCGGCGGCAGCGCCCAAGCGUAACGCAGAGGGAGAAAUGGACGUCGACGCGCCGAGCCGGAGCAGCAGCCGGGACAGCCGGAGCAGCAGCACGAGCAGCAGCACGCACGCGGAGGCGGAAGUCGUGCGGCUGGCCAACAUCAUCCUGUUCCCGGACCGGUAUGACUUCUACAUGCCCACGCGCGCGAGCAGCCCCGCGCCCGCGGUAGGCCGUGGUAGUGGUGGUGGCGACCGGGGCGAGAAGGAGAGGGAGCGCGAGCGCGAGCGCGACAGGAGUAAUAGGGAGCGGGAGAACUCGGACAGGGACAAGGAUAGAGACAAGGGGAAGGAUAGGGAGAAAUAGUAACCAACCUUGGGUACUUUACCUUCCUGGGAUAAAGUAAACAAGUGAGAAUGCGGGCGGAGCGACGAGAAGAAGAAGAAGAAAAACAAGAAUAAAGCUAAACAAGAGGGGUCAAGGCGCCGAUGAAUCGAUAAAUACCUGGAAUGGGGCUGGAACCGAGGUUACUCAGGGGGUUGCUGCGAUAGGCCUGGGUGAUUCGCUGGUUACGCGUGCAAGCUUAUAGACUUGUACUUUGCGAGGUGCUUGCUUAUCGUUGCCAUUUUCAAAGUUAUAUAUAUAUAUGUUGCGUCUAUCAUCCUCUUGUUCUUUUCUAAAGAGGCGUGCAUCACGAGAUACCUGAUAGCUG